AUGUGGGAGGAAAGGAGGGAGGGAGGAACAGAUAGAGUGAGUAAGUCCGUCCACCUAAUUACCGAGCAGCUCCGUGGACUCUUCUUCUACCGUGAUGAUGCUGAUGACCACGGUGUGAUGUCAGCAGGAGGGCUCUGCUUCUUUUAAAAAGGUUUUCGAGGCUCCGCAGCAGAGCACAGAGGGUUCAGAGACUCUCAGACCAACCAGAGGAGCUUCUUCUCUUUGGGAGGAAACAAGACUUCAGAUUAAAGCAGACGCAGGAUUUAGAUUUUUGACUCUCCAGUGGAUUCUUAACACUCGGAGGAAGCACGGACUCAGAUUCAGGUGAGUACAUCCUGCAGAGAUUUGUGUGUGCAAACAUUAAAGAGGGGCGAGUUAUAAAACUUCCUUCAGCUUUAAAGACUUAUUUUAACUGUGAACUAAACUUUUUAAAACUUUUACAAUUUUUCUCCUUAACUUUUCUUUUGCUCCAACUCCAAAACUCACUUUUCUCUGUAGAUCUUGGGUUUUCCUUUGCAUUGUCACAGCGCUUUUUUUUUCUUUAUCCAUCAGAUAUUAACACUAAAUGCCAAAAAAGAAAAGUUUUUGAACCCUUGGAGCUGUCUCAAUAACUAAACAUGCAUUUUAGGUAUACUGCUAAGCCGGGCUGCAAAGGUUUUGAUAUCCUCAGAACAUGUUGAACAGUUUUACACUAAGAAAACCAAAAUAUCUUAUUAUAAGUGUGAUUAUCUUAUAUCUUCGUAGGUUUAAUUAAAGCAACUUUCACCUGUGAGGUCAAAAUUCAGACUCUGAUUGUUGAAUUCUGAGAAAAACGUUUAACCAGCAAGUAAACAGAAAUUUGCUUCUGCUAGCAUAAUUCAGAACAGCUUAUCUUUAAAACUCAGAGUUGGCAGGAUGUUGUCUUUUCUCUGGGAUUUAUAGGUUUUUGUUUUAGCUUGAUUUUUCUUCUCCCUUAAAUCAAAGUCUAGCCAAACUGUGGUUUUUCACUUUUCAGCAUGUCCUCGCUAACAAAUCAAACACUCAGCGGGUGGCUAAGUGUUGUGAUUCGCUGGAAAACUUGUGUAAAAAGUCGUCUCUAAAUAUUUUCUGAGCCUCUCUUUAACACUUAAUCAACUCCUGAACCUGAAGCCUGUUCAGAAAGUCAAUACAGCUUAAAACCACUUUCUGUCUCUCUAUAUUUUCUAAUCCGCUCUGCUGGCAGGGUCGCGUUAACCAUAAUCAGAUGUAAUUGAGCGCGGGGACUUGAUUGCCUUAGCGGGAUCCAAGAGUGACAAACCAGCAGAUUAUAUACAACCAUCUGGUGACAUCUGCAAAAGUCACCCAGAGAGGCUCAGUCAGAGGCAGACUGGAGGCGCCUUUUACUUUUCUCUCAAUAUACAGUGAAGUGCGAAACUUCAAAAUGGAAAAAAAAAAAAAAACACCCACUGCUGUCUUAUUUUAGUCGCUUAAGUUUACAUUUACAGUCCUGUUUAUUACUCGCCGAAUGAAGUAACUUUGACACAUCAAUUGAGAUGUUACAUCUCAACUGCUGCUGGUGACAUUUUCAAGUAUCUGCAUUGUCCAAUAAGUUUGUUUCAUAAAACUGCUAAAAUACUCCUGUUCAAAUCACCUUUAUGCCAAAAUUUGCUGUUCAAGUAAACUUUUCUUGUCUUGCUUGGCUAACAGGCUGCAAUUUGGCAAACAGACUGUUCUGACCAUUUGCAGCAAUGCCUAUGAAGUUAUGAAGUUACAACACAUCUUGAGUUUCAGUUACGUUACUCUACAAAUUUAAUUUUUUUUCUAUUCACCACUUCGUGCACAGUUUAAAUUAGGUGGUUUACGAUCAUGGUUCUGCACAAUAUUCGUCUACGGUGUUUGAUGUGACAAAGACAGAGAGAAUGAAAAAAGAACUUACAUAGAUUCUAGAACAGACACAGAGGGAUUCUAGAACCGAAAUCUCAACAGCUGCCAGUGACAUUUUCAAGUAUCUGCAUCGUCCAGUAAGUUUGUUUCAUAAAAAUGGUCAAUUUUACAGCUCCAGUUUCAGUACAUCAGAAAAAUUAAUAAAAUACUAGUAAUUACGGGGAACCUGUUCAAAUUGCCUUUAUGCCGAAAUUUGCUUUUCAAGUACACUGUCCUUAUCUUGCUCAGAUAACAGGCUGCGAUUUGGCGAACAGACUGUUUUGAUCAUUUGUGGCAAUGCUUAUGAGGUUACGACACAUCUUGAUUUUGAGUUACGUUAUUCUGCCUUUUUUUUUCUCCAUUCGCCACUUCAUACACGGUUCAAAAAAGACUGUCUACGAUCACGAUUCCGCACAAUAUUCGCCUACGGUGUUUGACGUGAAAAAGAGAGAAAAAAAACAGAACUUAUAUAGAUUCUAGAACAGACAUAGUUAGAUUUUAGAAUGGACUCGGCGAGAUUCUAGAAUGGAUACAGUGAGAUUCUAGAACGAACAUAGUUACAUUUUAGAACAGGCACGGUACGAUUCUAGAAUGGACACAGUGAGAUUCAAGAACAGACAGUGAGAUUCUACAACGGACAUAGUUACAUUUUAGAAUGGACACAGUUAGGUUCUAGAAUGACAUGGUGAGAUUCUAGAAUGACACGGUGAGACAGAAGAUCAAGAGCUGGAAUUAUCACAUGAUCUGAUGACUUCACAAUGCGAUCCAACUCGGAGCCCAGGCCGAAAAGCCCGGGACUCUGUUUUUGUGGCUUUCUCUUUUCAUAAUAUGUCAAAUGGUCACAAGGUCAGGCUGGGGAGCGAAAAUAUGUCUGGUGCAGUUUUCAGUGCAGCGCUCGACUCCUCAGAAUAACUAUUAGUGGUUGCACCGCGGUGGUGAGCAUGUGUUUCUGUGGUGGGCGUGAGUUGUAUAAUCUGAACGAGUGUAAAACACCACAGAGGAGGGAGAGAGAGGGGAGUUUUUCACUACGGAGCUGAGAGUUUCUGACCGAUCUGACAAAAAAAAAAGGCAUUCCUGAUUUUUUUUUUUUAUAAAAUAUGUCACCGCUGAAUGAAGAGGAGGAAGAAGAGGAGGAGGAGGAUGGAAGGUAAGCCAGAGGUUGACAUGAACGAGAGGAAGGCCACCCCUGAGAGGGGGGAAUGAGCGAGACGUCUCACGGUCUCUUCAUCAUCCCUCAAUCAUCAUCAUCCAUCAUCCUGCCCUCCCCCCCGUGCUCCCACUUUUCCAUCAUUCCUCCGUCAGCCCUCCAUUCCUCACAGGGAACUCCUCCGUGAUUCACUGAGAGUCACAAACCAUGCUCAAGUGUAGCACCACAGCUUUGGGACACGAGACGCAUCAGAUUUACUCCCUUUAGUUAAUCUAGCUGAGAAUUUAUGUCGAGUUCAGGUGAAAAACCUGCACAUGAGCCACAUGCAUUCAAAGACAUCCAGUUCACCACUUUCGAAAAGUUGUGCAAUGAUUUGAAACGUGGGCGCCAUCGACAGGGUUUUUGCUAAAGGUGGGAAUACAUUCAGAAAAUACAGGCACAGUUUGGAAGUCGGUCUCAGAUUUGUCAAAUGUGGGCACACCUACAAAAUGAGCUAAUGCGCUUCAGUCUGGACACUGGUUCUCUAAAAAUGUGGACGCGGGUCAUGAUCAGUUCCCUGGUUUUUGAAAGUCUGAGCACGCUGAUUUGUAGUCUGUGGUUGCGGUUUCAUAAAAAUGAGGGCACGGAUGUAGAGACACGCCUGCUUUCCUUCAAGAACGAGGAAUGAACCUUUUCUACAGUGAUGGUACGCGUUCAGCUUGAGUCUGAAAAAUGUGGCGUUGGAGCCCAUUUGUUGUCAAAGCCUGAUUGAUGUCUGUCAAAAAAAAAGAGUUGAUUAGAUAUAGAAAUCUGUGACCCGGUGGGGUUGACCUCCUAUCUCGUUGAGGAUGGCGUGGGGGCCUCUGGACGAAGCUGGCGGUACAGUCCGAACCUCUGCUGGGGGGGUUUUAAACAGUACAAGUCUUUGUGAGGAGAAUUGUUUUUAAAAGCAGAGAGGCAGGAGAGGCGGGGGGUGCGGUCGCAAAGAUUAAAAGCGGACAUUUGUUUUGUGUAUGUCGAGCUCUGCCAAGACGCUGCAAUUUUCUAUGAAUCUAAAACAGCUUUCCUGGCGCGGACCCCACAGGCUGCCCACUGCCAGGAAAACACUUUUUUUUUUCCCUCUUCUACCUGUUUAUGUGCAGGUAAAGUAGCUUUCAGGGGGCAGGGGGACAUAAGAGUUAAGUUUCCAGCCAACAAGGUGGGCGUUCGAGGAGGUGGGAGGGGCGACGACAGGUAGUGUUUCCCCCCGCUGACACUCCUCCUUUUGUUCCAGUGUUUAAAAAGCAGCCUGGACUUUGUGUUCCUGAAUCCUCUCCAACCAGAGGAGCUCAUAAACUGGAAGGAGCUCGACUAAUUUUCAGACAAACUGGGGGAAAAGUACUCCCAUGAUUCUCCUUGGCACCAAUCACUCACCAUCAAAAUGCAGGUUUUUUUUAUACGCCGCGGACGACGACGACGAUGAUGAUGAUGAUGAUGAUAGGUUGGAAAGGAACAAUGGAUCCUGUUUAUAAUCCCUAAUGAGUGAAAGGAGCAGUAGGAAGGUUUCUUGCAUCAGCGCAUGUUGGCAGCCCGCAGGUUUAACAAAUAAUGUGUUCAUUGUGUGUGUUUCAUGUUCAUACAGUGACCUUUACAGUGGAGCUGCUAUUUCUGGGCAAAAAUCAAGGACGCAUCAAUAGACCGCAGUCGCCAGGACUGAAUGUUUGAGAUAAUAGAGUAAAUUGAAAACACAGUUUGGCGAAACUUCGCCGGUUCACUUACUGUGGAGUCGGAGCAGAAACUGUAGGGAAGUCCUGAUAAAUAUCUGUAUCCGCACUUUACGUUUAGGGUUUCCCCCCAAAGGAGAGGAGUUGUCACUCUUAAAGGGUUUUUGUUUUUAAGAUGUUUGAGCAGCACUACCCGUCUGAGACCCCUGGAGACCCGCUGUUAUGUUAGCUAAACAUUUUAGAAGUGCACGGUGGGCUAACCCUCAUGCUGCUCUUUGUGCUCAGUAAGAGAGGUCAGGUUUAGAUUGGACUCUGAUUAAAGUUGUCCCAAAACAAAUCCAGGUUCAGGUUUUUUUAGAGAGCAAAGGUGGUGAGGGACUCGACCCCAAUAUUUUUACUCAUUUUAGAGCAGAAGUAGGAAUCGUAGGUGACUCACAAACGUUACCUUAUACAUGGACCCCGAUAAGAGCAAUUUUUAUGAUGCAGAAAUUAUACGAUAAGAAAUAAAUAGACGAUCAAGACGCAGUUUCCAACUCAAAACAUAUACAUUAUAGUGACUUCUGUACUGUGUCUUUAAUGCUCUUAUUUCUGAUUUCAUUCUUGACGAGUGGGUGAAAAGUUAAGCAGCUGAAGAUGGGAGGCGUUGGAGCCUAAGAACGGAGCUGGAAAAGACAAAACAAUUCAUAUAUACUUCAAUUAUUAAUUUAAACCUCGGCGUUUUGUUGCACAGUUUACUCGCCACAUUUCAAAAGUUAUUAAACCUCCUAAAGCAGGCUUAUAAAUCCGGGAAAUGUUAAUAUUUGUAUGUUUGCUGAUUUGUUGUUAUCUAAGGAAGCAGAUUCCUCCUUGACCAUAAAAAGGUUAAUUAUCACUUGAUUUCAAUCUGAUCUAAUGAAAUAUUUUCCAGACAAUCAUACUGAAGUAAGCUGGCGUAAAUGUGAGUAACAUCCAUCAUGUUUCUUGUUUGUAAACAGGCUACAAACCCAGAACUUUACAGCAGACUAGGAUUUAAAAAACAUGUUCGAUCCCCCAUAAAUCCUCAAACAUGUGAAAUGGCGAUACCACACGCUUGUGUCAACAUUUUCCCACAGAUGAUUUCCACACCGAUAUUUUUCUGUGGUCCUGACUCAGAGAUAAGAGCCUGUGAGAGUGUGCUGCGCCGGUUUUCUCUCGUAGAUCUGGUUUUAAUGGAGGAGGCGACAGCUGGAACACAUUUCUGAUAUUUCAACACGUGUCAGUCAGAGCAGGAGGGGAACGGCGCUGCUGCCCGCAGUGUUUGUCUGACUUACUGGUGUUUGCUCUUUAGGACCGGCUGUGAGGAGGUUAACUCAGGAAACUCAUGCGCUUUACAUCAAUUCAAUCAAUACAAUAUAAGUGUUCUCUGUUUCAAUGGUCGAUUGUAUUUUCUUUUAUUGAAAACAAGACUUUCUGCAGCCUUGACAUUUAAGCGUGAAGUGCAAACUCAAGUCUCUGUUUGAUUCAGCCAGUCAGAGUCACUUAAGUCCAAAGUUUUACAUCUUAAGUCAUUUAUUGGAAAAGAAAGUGCUACAGAGAAUUCAUACAUUAUUUAUAUAAGCAAGUGAUUGUUGUAGAAAUGACAUGACAGUGAAAAAACUUUAAAGUUCAGAGAAAGUUAACCAAAUUUUUCAAAUUUUGCACAAAAUUAAAUCGACAUUUAUUGAGUGAGACACCGAGGACGAAAGCCCACAUUUAUGUCGACAAACAUUACAUAUAGGGAUUGUAUUUAUGCUGUAGUUUGCUAGCUAAUGGCUUAUCUGUAAAUGGGGUUUUGAACUUUGCAUUUGUUUGCCUCCCAGUCAUCUUUGUUUUACUUCCUGUUAGAGACUGGCAAAUCACUGCUUGUUGAGAAUAUUGACUUCAUUGGCCAGCCUGAUACCUGUAAUGGGGCGAUCACACCAAGCAUGAGUAAAAUCAUCUACUCGCUUAAUUCGCGCGAAUCUAGACGCCUGAAUGAAUAGUAUUUACUCGCCUCCAUUCGCGCGUCAACGGUAAUUUUAACGGUAAUCCCUGCCAAUUCAACUGGUGGGAUCAAGUGAUAGACAAAGUUUUUUACAACUGACCAGGUAAUCCGACCUCCUCACUUACUUGCCUCCAGGUGAGCUCCUAUUUAUUCCAGUUCCGGUAAUUGAAAGAAAAGGUGUUUAAUAAUUCGGGGCACCCAGACACCGACACGAUUAGCUUGUCCUCCAUUUUAGAUACCAGUGAACAACCGUCCGUUUUCAUGCGUCACCCGGCGCGAAUAUCUGCUCAAGUUGAGACAUUUCCAGUUCACCCUCAAUUCGCGUCAUUCGCGCCGCCGGAGUAGAAGGAGAGUCAAAUCGCGUCUUUGCAUUGACUUAACAUGUAAUUCAUUGGCGAGAAUGAUUUUACCUGCGCUUGGUGUGUGGAGACAGUAAGACAAGAUUAUGUUUGAUUUCAUGGCCACGCUAAGGAAAAGACCACCUUAGAUCAGUCCUGGUCUUGAAAAGGCAUGUCAUAUAAGUCAAAAUCAAAAAUACAUACGCUACAAGAAUAUUUCGUGUUCUACCCUUGUUCGAUCUCGUGGAGUUCGCAGACGACUGAACCAGAUUAUUGUGAAGUGGUGCAGCUAGUUGCCAGUAAGUAUUUAAAGGAGACCGCACCUUCUUCCAGUUGUAUUAUUCGCUCUUAGUUAUUUAUUCAAUUUAAGAGACGUUAAGACGUUAAAAUGAGAAAGAAUAUGUGACACACAUCACGUCUAGAUCUGAAUCUCAGUUAUGAAAAGGUUGGAGGAAAAUGAUUCAAUAAGGAUAGUAAUGAUAAAUGUAAGUUCAGCUGUACUGAGUUCUUUUUAUAGCUCGAGGUGAAUAAAUCCAGCCCAGCGAUGGGGUUACAUAAGAGCAGAGAGGGCUGCGACAGUGUUGGUGGUCUGAGACUUCUGAGUGCGAAGCUGUUUGAUCCACAAACGUAGAGACGGUUUCCACCCACAGUCACACGAAACCAAAGAUUAAAUCAGAUUAAAUCAGAUCCUGUAAUCGACUGUAAUGAUCUGCUGCUGAAGACGGAAAUAUGUGUUAAAGGACAGAGUGUGGAGUUAAAGAUGAUUACAGUUAAUCACCAUAAGAGGACAGACUGAGAGCGGCGUGUCUGCCGAUGAAGACGAGGCUGGCGUGUAAAUGUUUAUCACAGCACAUUAUCUGAUGGUGGAAACGUAUUAACGGUAAUCUGGAAUAAUUAAUUUGAGUGUUCAGAGGAGGCUGCUCUUUAGACGGUCGUUAUUUGAAGACAGAACAUGCAGACGGAUAUUUCCACGCAGUUCGUCCUGACAUCCCUGAGUUCAGCCUGCUGGAUUUCAUCGCCUUCGUUCAGACUCAUGUUUCUGUCCGGCGGCUCAGAGUUACACCUGUGAAAUGCCACCUGACUGUUCAGCAGACUAAAGGCCAGUGAUGGCCUCGAGUCAGAGCUGUGACUUCAACUCAGGCCGGCUGUCACGGUGCAUCACAUGACAAAAACACAACAUACCUCCCAGACUCGGGGCGCUGAGGGAGUCGAGUUAAAAUCCAAAUCCAAGUCUGACAUGACGAUCCUCCUGAAACAGAGCCGCUAGUGUGUAUGUUUGAGGGUACGGUAUCGGACAUCUAUAUGUAAAUCAAUCUAGAGUUUCUGUUCUGUUUCUACUUUCUAAGUAUAAACCAGUUUUCUCAGCUAUUAAAACGUCAUUUUAACAAAAAAAGAUUAAACAUUUGUGGCACUAAAUGACCCCCAUACUGUUGAGUAUGAGAACAAACUGAAUACAUGAAAAACAACAACGUAUAAGAGUCACAUUAAGGUUGUAAUUUUAUAAGAAUAGAGUUGGUAUUUGAAAAGAUUAAUCAAUCAAUCAAUCAAUCACAAAGUGCUUCACAUAGCAGAGGAAUAAAAGAAACAAAGAAUAACCUAAUCCACCCCAACACAACCCCUCAUUCCCAUCCCACGAUCGAAGCUCAAUAAAAACAUGUAUUAAAAUGCAUGAACUUGAAAAGAGCUCAGAGUCAUAGAAACAGGAAUGUGUGACCUGAGGAAACGCUGUUUUAAAAUUCAAGAAACACAAGAGGUUAAGCUUAAAAUCUAAAAACAAAGUAACAUGGAAUGAAAUUUAAGAAAUAAUAAAUAAAAUGAAAUAAAAUCAGCAGUAAAAGAUACUAAAAUAAGAGCACCAAAAUAGCUCAAUAAAAGACGAUCCUGUCAUUAAAACUAGAAGAGAUAAAUGCUAAAACACUUAAAGUUAAUGAUAUAAGAUUUAGUUAAAAGCAAGACUAAAAAGGUUCGUUUUGAGUUUGCUUUUAAAAUCAUUAAUAUUAAGAUUAAAGUUGUUUGAAGAGGAUGUGACACCAGAAAAGCAGAGUCAAAGUUAUUUUAGUAAAGUUUAAACAUCAGAUGCACCAUUUUACUCGUUUUAGGGGAUGACAAAUUAUAUAAUAAAACAACUUUUUAUGUCAAAACAUGAGAAGUUUCUCUUCGACUUGAUGCCCUUUAUCUCGUUAUAUCACAUCUUUGAAUUCAUGACAUAACUUAAUCUUUAAAAUUACUUAAUUCUUGUAACGUAACAGCUUUAAACUCCUACUGCCUUUAUUCAUCGUAACCCACUGAUGCAAUUCUUGUGAAAUAAUGACUUCAUUUUCGUAGCGUUACAACAUCAUUGUCAUCAUAUCUCAACUUUUUUCAGAUUUUAUACUUCUGUGGACGACUUUUCGUUGUCCUUUUUUCCCUUGUCUUUAGUUGUCUAGUUUUACAAACAUCAAAUUGAAUCAAAGCAGCUUUAAAAUCAGAUUAAACACUCAUAACUCCAUUUAGAUUCAAAAAGCAGAUCAGUCAUUAUCUUCUUUUAUUCUUCUUGUCAUCAUGUUUCAAGGUCUUAAAUAAUAAUCCAGAGUUUUGUCACCAGGAUAAAAUAACUUCUGUUUUUUGGGGGGUGUUUUGUGACCCCGUCAGCUCCUGUAGAGGUCUCAGGUUGUCUCUCUCUCUGUGCGUCUCGAGUGCCACCUUCCUGCCGUUCCUCCUCCUCCUCCUCCUCUUCCUCCCUUUUUUUUCCUUUAUCUGACUCCUGCUCCUCCCGUGGGCAGAGACAGGGUGAGGAGGCCCUCCUCUUUGUUCAUAAGUCCUCCCCUCUCCUCUCCUCUGACCUGCUCAGACACUCGGGCAGCAUGCAGCACUCGCUCCCAUCAGACCGACCUGCAGCAGCUGCCCUGACAUCACUCUCACCUCUCGCCGCGGGACACCUGGACGUCUGCUGGACUCACAGCUGGACUUCUUCUUCUUCUGCUCUUUAAGAGGAACAUAAAUACAGCUUGAAGAGGGUCGGGCUCCUGGAUGUGUUUGGGCUCGUGGGGAUUUUUUUCCCUCUCUCUCUCCUGAAGGUGUCAUCACCUGGAUUUUGUCUCCUGAGAGGUGUUUUAUUUGUGGUUUAAAGUCAGACUGGAAAGUUUGAGACGGGACUUCAGUGAAUUAUUUUUUUUAUCGUUUUCCGUGUGGGACAGACGCUGCUGUGGGAGAGUGAGUUUCCCACUAACUUCCACUUUUUCUUCUUCUUCUGCCUUCUGUUUUGUUGAGUUUGAGCUUUGUUGUGGUUUAAUUAUCAGGGAAACAUGCAGGGCUGGUUUCUGCAGAGACUUGUCUGCAGGUCUAAUGGUCUGUUUCCUCUCAAGUGGAGGUGAAGCUGUGGGGAAAAGAUGCAUUUUCAUCUGAUGAGUGUGAUUUGUGCUUGUUUUCAGGAAGAUGUUCUGCUCCAGGAGGGUCCUGCAGCAGUGGUGCUUCGCUCUGUUCCUGCUCUGCUCUCCUGUGCCACACUUUGGACGGCCUAUUGAUGCCCUCAGCAGCAGGAUGUAAGUCUCACUUUUUCACCUUUUACCUCUUUUAUUCACCCUCUUUAUCAGGCGGAAAAGUGGACCUGACUCCAGUUGAUAUUCCUUCAUUUAUUUUCGUGUAUUUUCAUGUCGUUCCACCUCCCCCCCCGCCCUGCGAGGUGGGCGAGCAGAGGCUGGAAAAUGUGCUCAUUUGUGGAUCGUGCCGGCAGAUGUUUGGUUAGCGCUCGCCCACCUGUGUGUUUACCUAAAGCAGAAAGCGUCUCGCUGUGAUAAACUCGCUCCAUCAGACGCGUUCAGGGGCCUGUCAGACUUUCUAACGCCGUCCGUCUUUGUGUUUAGACUCUGCAGGGAGAUGAAUAAUGCUGAUGUUCGCCUCGGCUCGGCACCAAACCAAACCUGCUGCUCCUGCCGAGGCGUCCCAUGCCAAAGAGAGUCAAUGUUCCUCUCAGAGAGAAAGUUAAACACACUCAGAGCUUUUGGAGAGGCGCUGGAUGUGAUCAGCUUUUAAUGACUCAGUGGGAAGAUGCUCUCAGCGAGAUUUUCCCUCUGAACUCGCUGACUGAAUCGAGUCUCCGGGGAGCGAGAUCACAUCUGAAAUGAAUUUUAGAGGCUCCAGUUUAAAGUUUAGAGUCUGAGUUAAAGUCAGCGGUAGUUUCUCGUCUCCGUGAGGUCUGAUGACCGAGAAACGGAGCGACAGCCGGGGUGUGAUACGACGAUUGAAAACAGGAGCGCGGUGAAAAGCUUUAGAGAGGAAGCUGGUGACCUCUGACCUUUUCUUCUACUCUGCUAGAUUUGAAGUUUUUGGGAAUCAGAUUGAGCUGAAAUUCUGCAGAAAAGAGAGACGAGCUGAGACUAAAAAAGCUCCAAAAUAAAUCAUUUAACGGUCUAAAUUAUUAUUAUUUUUGAUUAUUUAAAAAAAAAGGAUUUAAAUGAUUGUCAAUCGAGAAAAACUCUAAGAAAUUGACUCGAUUUUGCAAGAAACUCGUAAAUCUUGUGUCUUAAACUCAAAAAGUCCUGAUGUGACUCUGAGUCCUGUCGGGUUUUUGCAGCGGUGUUUGCUUCAUUUCUCGCUCUCUCUCUCUCGCUCCUGAGAGUCGCAGUUAUCACAGCUCGCUCAGGUCUGUGUUUAUUUUUCCUCUUGGAGGUUUAUUUAAAGUAUUUUUCGGUUCCUCGUGGUUUUGAAAUGUUGCAUAAAUCUCCCUGACUCAGAAUCAGACGAGAGAAACGACUGAGAAAAAGUUUUUCUUGAUUCUGUUUGAGUUGGUGUCGAUGUGACCCUGACAGACAGAUAUUAAAGAUGAACUCGCUCUUAGAGGAGGCCGAGUUUGGAUUUCUGGAGUUUUGGGGGUCGCUGUGGGAGGUGAGGAAACGCUCCUCUUACUUCAUCCACCUCCUGCAGAGAGAGGCAAUUAACAUCAGGUAACACUGGAGCUCCUCAGGAUGUUCCAGGUCCUGCUCCUCCUCUUCGUCCUCUUCGGCCUGUUUGAUGUGAGCGUUAUUAAAGGUAAAACAGAGCUGGAUCACUUUUCAAAGAGCUGGGAGUGUGUGUUUUUUCUCUUCAGGCUGAGAUUUGCAGGAAAUAUCUGUAUGCGUAUAAACAGGAGCUGCUCUCUGAGGCCACGUUUUGUGCAGCAGGUUUUUAUUAUUCAGCAGGAACACGUCUGCUGUGGCUGCAUCGACUCUUUCUCUUCUGCAUCUGUUUUGGAGCUGUAUGUCCUGCAGAUUAUGACUGAGGAGGAGUGCAUGAUGGGAAACCCUGACAGCUGUGGCGGUGCUGUAAUCAGCCGCCGGUCUCUCCCAUUGAAGGCGUUGUGUUUGUGUGCUCAGACACCUGAAAGUGUUUGUGCGGCGGUGCAGCUCGGCGGUUCCCAGGCUUGGCUCUGCCGCUCUGUUUGUGUAAGAGUUAAGACUCUGAGUAAGGAGACACCGCGGCAAAGCAAAGCUGCGAUCCUUCUGCUGCUCUGACUCUACCUGCAAAGACAACAGCCCGUCCAUCUGGACAGAAUCAGAGCCGAUAGAGACGCAGCUCCUCUUCCUCUUCUUCUUCUGCUGUUUGAUCAAACUUUAUCGAUUUGUUUUGAACUCGGCGCUUGUUUUCACUCUGAAGUCAUGACCUCUCAGAGAUGAAACAAAUGUCAGGCAGGUUUGCUUUGGAGGUUCAGCCAAGUGCUGAGAGUCCACUCUGUGUUUCUGAGCAGACAGCGCCCCCAUGUGGCGUGCUUGUGUCAUAAGCCUGAGUUUGCAGGAUGAAUCCAUGCAUGUGACACUUGGAGAAGAAGCAAAUUGAUGUGAGGAAACCAGGUUUGGUCCAGAUUGUUUGGACACCACAGGUUAAGAGUCUGAUUCCUGCAGAGAUGGUUGAGAAGUUUUUAUACAAAAGUGAAAAAAUUUCACCUUAAACAAGUUUAAAUAUGAAAUCUAAGUCUGCAGGAUAACUUCAGGGACGGUUUGUCGCUUAUAGGAGCUAAAAUAAUCCAAGUUUUGUGCAAAAUUUUGAGUAUUUACUCAUAUUUUUGUGCACACUAUAUAUGCACGUGUUAUCUCUUAAUAAUUUGCAUCCUUGCGUGUGUUUUGUUGUGAUUUGUGUUGAUAUUUGUGUGUUUUAGAGAGGAGAAAUUGUAAUCAAAAAACUAGAAUCAAGUUCAAACCUUGCAGUGACCACAUUCGAUAGCCCUGAGCUGGUCAAACUUUUCUAGAAACCCGUUUAAUGAGGGGUACACUGAGCACACAUCUCAGUCUCUGCAGUCCAGUUAAUCAUUCAAGAGUUUUGCUCAAUGUUCAUCUGAUUACUCAGAGAUUUCCUUUCGAGUUUCAGGUUCAGGUGACUUUAUUUGCACCUGUGGAUGGAUUCACUUUCACCAAACUCGUGACAUCUAGUCUGACAUUAAAUAGAAUAAAAAUAAAAAGCUUUAAAUACACAAAGAGUACACCAGCUAAAAAAUCUACCUGGACUGAAUCGACAUAAACAUGCAGUGAUCAGAUAUUUGAAAUCUUUCACUGUUUUUUGCUGCAAAUAUUCAGUCAAAAUUUAGUGAUGUGAGUUUGGUGCAGGUUUUCUGAGCAGAUAACUUUACCCUGUUGCAUCAUUGAGUGUCGGUUUUAUAAUCCUGAGGUUGUGAGUUUGAGUCCUACACAGAACUUCAGAUGUUUCCCUAGAAAUUUGCCUCAAUCAUCUUGUUUACAUGCAAAAUAUUCCUGUUUUCAUUGGAAUAACGGCAGUAAUCUGACUGAGCCAUGUAAACAUCUUAUCCUGACUGCAACAUCUUGAUGAAAAUCAUAUUCUGAUGACUGAAAGAGUCGAGUGAGACACUCAGUUUAGCAUUAAAAGUGGUAUGUUGUGGACACAGCAGGGGAACUAUAUGUUGCUUGUUUAUUUGCAGAUUAACAUUCAGAUUAGAGUAUUUCUAGUCUGUGCACUGUGAUCAAAUUAAGUAUCAUUUUACCUGCAAAAGAGGAAAAAAGAGUCAUUCAUAUGACGUCUUAAAAGUGUAUCAUUAUGAUUGAGUUUGGUGUAAAAGUUCAGCCAGCUGUUGAGGGUUUCCUCUAUUCCCUCUGUGCGGACAGCGCCCUCUUGUGGUGCCUUUGAGUGAGAGCAUGAUCAGGAUGUGAGAGUCCUGUUUGUUAAAGCAGAGGUUAAGAGUUUGACUCUUGAAGAUGUUGGAGAUGCUGAUUGAGUUUCUCAUCUUUAAACACGAAAAUGCGAACUUUGAGUGACCAGAUAAAAGUUUGGUGGAUUUUUUUGAGUAAUAAAGGCCGAAAAAGAGAAUUAAAACAUGUUUCAGAUAUUGCAUCUUAAUUAUAAGAAUGAUUUAGGUGAUGUCUGGUAAAGAUGUCACAGUGUUAGUGUGACUUUGAAAAAAACUCCAUUUCCACUCUGGUCUGAAUGUCCUCACAGAUCCUGAGGACUGUGUGAGUGACAGGGAGCAGCUGUUGUCAUGAUUAAAGGUGUGGCUCACUCAGGUGUGUGUCACAGGGCUCCAUAGCUCAGGGGUUAGAGCACUGGUCUUGUAAACCAGGGGUCGCGAGUUCAAAUCUCGCUGGGGCCUUGAACUCUUUUCUGUAAGGUAUACAGGAAGGUCAAAGGUCAUGGUUUCCCGAGCCACCACCCUGUGAAACCCUGAACCCUGAUCGGAUCCUGGCCUCCAAAGAAACCUGAAAUACUUGAUCUGGACAUACAGGUGUGAUAUUAAUAACCUGCCGAUGAAUAAACCAGCCGCUGUGGCGUGAGUUCAUCUGCUCUUUUUAGACACAUUGAUUUAAAUUUUAUGAUUUAUUAAGAGCUGAGCGUGCAGAGAUUUCAAACACAGAGUAUUUCUCUGUCUCAGGAGGCUGAAGAGUUAUUUUACUCUGAAUUUUCUGUUUUUUCUGGGUGAAUUCAUGAGACUUGAUGCUGCUGAUUUUCGCAGAAAUUAAAUAAAAGCCGCGUUUCAGCAGCGGGGUGCCCUGCAGAAUCACGAUGAGUCAAAAUGAUCAAUAUUUAUUCCCGCAGCCCAGAAACCACCUGAUAGGAUUUCCAUAAUGUCAGAAAUCGGUGCAGCCAGAGUUCAGCCCAAACUGUUUCUGAUUUUCUAAGUCUGGAGCGUUUCGAGCUGCAGAGUUUCAUCCCUCGGGCUCUGAGCGCCAUGAAUCUGUCAGUUAGCGUUCAUGUUAAUGAAAAGUGAAAAGCCAAAGAUUUCAUGCCAUGAUCGUAUCAAUGAUUAAUCGAAAGGAAAACUGGCAGACUGAUGAGGACCUCCUGGAGCAGGGUGGAGGUCUCUGGUAUCAGUUUUAACACCCUGGAAAUCACUCAGCUCCUGCGGUUUGAUGAAUCAUGACGAGUCGCUGCACUGAUGCAACACAGAGUUAUUGGAAAACUGCUGAUGUAUCCCAGAUUGAAUUUAACGUGUUGCCCUCUGCUGGUCAACAGAGUGAUAUAAUCCUUUAAAAGUUAAGGAAGAGUAGAAUUUAAAGGUGAGCCAUGAGUCCAAGUACAAACUUAGCAGUCAUUAUUCUUCAGUUCAACAGAAAUGUUCCUCUUUCCCUGAGCUGGUCUUGGAGGAUAUAUCCUCUAAGUUUCCUCCUUCCUGCAGUCUCUGGUGUUUCUAACAUCUCUUUGUCCAUCAUUAGUAAACACAAUGAUGGAGAGUUUGACGGUUUGAGUCAGAACCGCUCAGCUGAGUUCCCCAAGGUUUCAUUAAAGGUUUUGGAAAAUGUUUAAAUGCAGCUUAUAUCUCCUCAAAAUCUCUCGUUUAAAACAGAACAGAAUAAGAAAUGUACUUUUCUUCUCUCUCAUUUUAAUGAAAUCCUCUGUCUUAUUUCUUGCAGAAAGCGGACAGUGACUCAUGCUCAGCUGAUGCACGACAAAGGCCGGGCGCUGCAGGACUUUAAGCGGCGCAUGUGGCUGCAGGAGCUUCUGGACGAGGUCCACACAGCUGAGAUAAGAGACCUCGCGGUACGGACCACAGUGGGAGGAGGGAGCAGCAGCGGCGCUGGCGUCGGGCUGCCAGGGGCCGGCCUAGGAAUCCACCUGAGCACCACCGGCAGCACUCUGCACUCCAAACCUCCCGGAGGAACUAAAAACCUCCCAAUCAGCUUCAAGCUGGAGGAAGAGGAGGGCACCAACCUUCCACAGGAGACCAACAAGUCUCAGACGUACAAAGACGGCGUGCUGAAAACGCCCAAGAAGAAGAAGAAAGCGAGGUCUGGGAAGAGGAGGGAGGGCGAAAAGAGAAAGAGGAGGGCGCGCUCGCUCGGGUGGAGACAGGAGGAGGAACAGGGAAGUGGACUCCACCUGGAGUGGAGGUCUCUGCUCGGUCUGCAGAGGGCGCUGCUCUAAAACGCUGUCAGUCUCUGACACAGGUGAGCUCAAAGGUUCAAUUCAGAGUUCAAUUGAAAACCAUAAAAGUGGUGUUGGUGGGGUGCUCCUCCAUAAACCACACAGAUCAGUUCACAGAUCUAACCUGUUUCUUUUCUCUCUGUGUGUUUCAGAAACCUUCGGACAGUUGGGGUGGACUCCUAAAUACUCGCAUUACAGUUUUCUGUAAACGUGAUUGUUUGGAAAGAAAUUGGAAAAUAUUUAUUGUCUGUAAAUAUUCUAAAUAUAGCAGAAAUAGCAGAAUAUGAUUAAAAAAACUUAUUUGAUGCUCUGUGAGGCGACA